CAACUGACUGGACUAUUUGGUUAAUAUUUUAAGCUUUUUCAUCUGUAGCUUGUGUAGAGUCACAGAAGGAAAUGGACACUUUGAAAAAUAAAUCACAGAAUUAAUAAGCUGAACUCAUUUUUAGUUUGACAUAAUAUAAAACAGCAAGCUCAAAUAGGGCUCUGUAACCUACUUGGUGUCUAUUUUUGGGCCACAGACUGGAUAACCUGAGAGCAUGUAUAAGUUAUGUAUUUGGGUCACAGCAUUCCCUUAGCCCACCCAUCUGGGAUCAUGUCAUAUGACACCGAACUUGUGACACAUCAUCAUGCAGGUUCAACCUCCAAGGAAUGUGUUUGUUCAUGUUGGCUGUACUUUGCCCUUCUCCUUCCUGGAAGCAAUUAUCAGCUAUCUCAACAAGUUUCAGGAAAACAAAACAUAAGGAAGAACUAGGUCUAGCCCAUAUACUGUAUAUACAAUGUAGCAGGCUACUUUUGUAAUGAUCUGUUCACACAUAAAAUAACGUGUUCAGCAGUUGUGAUAUCUGAUCUUGGUGAAAGGUCUUCAUUAUGAUUGCGAAACUUAUCAGUGUUGCACUUUGAUCAGGUUCGCUGUGAUUUCCUGCAUAAGACGACUGGAAUAUUCCGGUUGGGUCCAGAUAAGCAGAAUGGAGCUUGUGAAACACUCUGGUGGAUGCCACUGUGGAGCUGUUAGAUUUGAAGUCUGGAGUUCCCCUGACCUUCAUGUAUUUCACUGCAAUUGUAGUGUUUGCACGAAAAAACAAAACCACCAUUUCAUCGUCCCGAAGAGUCGCUUCACUCUCUUACAGGGAGUUGACAAUCUGACCACCUAUACCUUCCACACUCAUGUUGCUAAACACACCUUCUGUAAAACCUGUGGGGUUCAAAGUUUCUACACGCCACGAUCCAAUCCCGAUGGAUAUGGCGUUGCUCCACACUGUCUGGAUCCAGGAACUGUGCGCAGCGUCAUUGUGGAGAAGUUUUGUGGGGAGAAGUGGGAAGAAAGCAUGCAAGCUCACAAAAGCAUCAAAGACAUGUCCAAACCUGAAGGGGACAUGCUGUAAAAAUAACUGCUGCUACACAACUUUGAAA